CUCAACAGCCGGAUCCAGCCAAGAUGACGAAGCGCACUAAGAAGGUCGGCAUCACCGGUAAAUAUGGUACCAGAUACGGUGCCUCCCUGCGUAAGCAGGUGAAGAAGAUGGAAGUGUCCCAGCACGCCCGUUACGUCUGCACCUUCUGCGGAAAGAACACCGUCAAGCGCCAGGCUGUUGGUAUCUGGGAGUGCAAGGGCUGCAAAAAGACCGUUGCCGGUGGUGCCUACACCGUCUCUACCCCCGCCGCCGCUGCCACCCGCUCCACUAUCCGCCGUCUCAGAGAAAUCGCGGAGGUCUAAAUGUGAUGAUGGGAUUUCCUUUUCUUUACGUUUGAAAUAAAAAAAUGCCAAAUUAAGAUCUGGAAAACUUCUUAUGAGCGCUCUUCUCGUUUCCGAACGUCGUUACCCCGAUGUUGUUAGCACCGAAUUCGUCCUCGAUUUAAGACUUCCCCUUCUAGACUUAAAAAUGCAAUCGGUGAUACCAGGUCAUUCGCGGUACCAAUCUUAGUCUUCGAGUCACACCCUUCGAAUCGUGCCAACUCUCUGCAAUGUCCUCGUAUGACCUCUGGUUUCUCGGUUUUUGGGGUUGAGAACUUGUGAUCCUCCUUUCUAACGGGGACUUCGUG